GUAUGGGUGCAAGGCCGUCGACUGGGUGCACGGUCGUUCGAUGGGUGCAAGCUGUCGGGUGGGUGCAAGGCCGUCGACUGGGUGCAGGCCGUCGUUCGAUGGGUGCAAGUCCGGGGGAUGGAUGGCGGUUCAUGGCGGGGUGCGCGGGUGCCGAGCGCGAGGCAGAGCCGUUGAGCGGUUCUUCCCGCCACUUCUCGAGCCCCGUCUCGCGCCGGCCCGGACCGCCGUGACGACACAAUGAGGCCGGCGUUGGGUGGGAAACGCGCGGGCGGCGGCGCCUCACUGGGGCCCGGGUGGGCGAUGGCGGCUUGUGGCUACCUGCUGUUGCUCGGUUGCAUCGUGGCCAACCUGCCACUGGCACUUGUUCAUCUAAAUGAAUGGAGAGCUACACCUGAAGAGGACAAUCAGAGAUAUUCUGCUCCAAUUUCUAUGCUGGAACAUAGGAAUGAACAUUCUUCCAGACUGCAUGGAGACCAUUCAAAGAAAGUGCUUCCAUUUCCCAAAGCAAAGCAGCAGGAAAACAGCCAGUCACUUAUUCGUGGAAGACGAUAUUACACAGUUUUUCGUAAUCAAGAAGGCAUAUUAGAUGAAGAACAAAAUAAGAAACGUAAAGAAUAUUAUAUACCUGUACCUCCAUCAAGACUGUCUCCGCACGUAUAUCAAGAAGCAGUUUAUCCCAGCGAACAGCAAACUAUCAGAUAUGGAGUCAAAGAUAUUUUAGUUCCUCAACCUGACAUUGGAGUCCCUUCUCAAAUAUAUCAAGACUUGGAAGAUGAAAAGGCAAGGCAAGCUAAUAAGCACCACGAUACUGGUCAAGAACAUGAACAAAACCAUGUCAAAGAACAAAAGUCAACUGACGAUCACGAUGAUUACUGGGUAGUUGGGCAAAGACGCUUCAGAAUAAUCGUUCUCAUUAUUUUAGGUGUUCUUAUUGGUUUUUCUAUUUUACUGAUCCUAGCAUGGUUCUUUGUACCGAGACGGGUUAUAAAUAAAAUCCGAACCCGAAAGUGAUUUUGUAAAGUGAGGAAUUUGGACCUUGUCAGGAUGGAAAGAAAACACCAUCCAGCAAGGACAGACAACAUGGAAACUAUCCACUUGUAAAGUAUAUUUUGUUGGUGUGUAGCUAUAAACAGGAAGUUCUUCAUACUGAUUGCUUUGUAUUCACUCAUUUUUGGACAAAAUGUAGAAAUCUGAGAACUAAAGUAUGAUUGAAAUCACUCAAUUAUUUGCGAAGGAAUUUUGUGGCUAGCCAACACUUUCACAAACUGUUAACAAACUAAGCAGAUCCAGCAAAGCCUGAAACAGCACUGUAUAUGGAAUGAGUGCAGGAUCAAAGAUUAGGUGGGGACCAGCCCCUCAUUGUGGUACUGAGUAACUGCCUGGAAAUUUGGCUCAGUUUCAGGAGAAUUCUGCUACACUGAGAUUUUGAAAUGUAUGACCCCAUUUACUUUUCCAUCCAUCAUUGUUUGCAGCAGUGCUAGCACUGCUCAACAUAAGGGUCCAAAUAAUGAGGCCUUUUGUAACAUACAUAGGCGCUACACAUUUUCUUUAUUUGCUUAUGGCGUGUAGAUAACUCUGACAAACUAGUAUAUAUUGUCCAUCCCUGGUGGCCAUGAGAGGGCCAAAGGGCAUGUUUCCUCGUUAUAUCUCUAAACUAAAAUAAACUAAGUCUGCGAGUGCUGAUGAACUAUUUCUAGAACUUUGUCUUUUUUAAAUUAAAGUGCCAUACAGCACUGAAACAGCGUGUUCUGCCCACUAAAUCCAUGGUUACCAUCAAAUAUACAUCUAUACAAAUCCAUUUCCCCCACAUUUCUAUCAGUUCUUUACCAGAUUCUGCCACUCAUCUGAUCCUGCAAUUUCAAUGAUCAAUUCAUUUACUACCCUGCACUUUUGGGAAUGUGGGAGGAAACUGGAAGAAACUCAUGUGGUAACAUGGAGAACAUACAUUGCUCCACACACACAACAAUGGAGGUUCGGGUUGAACCAAAUGGUUGGAGUUAUGAGGCAGCAGCUCUACUAGCUGUGCACUGAGCUGUCUUUUAAUUUUACUGGCAGGCCCAAUGCUGCAUUACUAUUGCAGGUAGAUUUAAAAUAAAAUAUCAAUAGCGGUGGACAAAGGAAUUCUUAUGAAAUGUGUUAGGGCUAUGAAAACAAAACUAAGUGCAUAUUAAGGGUUAACAGUUGCCUCAUUUAUUGUUUCCAAAUGUAUUGAUAUGAUUUCAGCCAACAGUUGCACAAGUAUCAACAAAAUAAAGCUUUAUUAUUCUUUAGUAUGCUGCAAGUGUCACUAUUUUUUAACUUGUGGUGCUUUAACAAUAGAAAAGAUAGAAUAUGAGGUUUGUAAUACUGUUUAACCCUAUGUUAUCACCAGAUCUUGUGAAGUAACGGAUAAUAUUGAAAUCGUAAAAAAUGUUGAAAUAACCUAAUUCUAUGUAAUUGUUUAUUUUUAUUUUGGGUUAACCCCAUAUUACAUCUCUAUAAAUUACUCAAAUUGAUCAUCUUUGGGAACUAUUUGUGGAUCGGUAUUUUGUAUAUAUCAUAGCUUAGCUUUCAUCACUUUGUAUGAAAGUUGUUUGAUCAAAUACCAGUCCAGAUAAUGAAGCACUAGAAUGUAGGCCAAUAAUGUGGAGGAGCUGCUACGCUAUAUUCUUGAUGAUGUCAAGGCUCUGCUCUACUAGGAGGAGGUCAUAAAGAAUGUUAUGCAUGAAAUGCAUUAUUUUUAAGUCGAGCAGCAAAGUUCAACUCGGUGUUCUGGCCUACAUUUAUUCCUCAAUAUUGUUUGUAUGGAAGCUUGUCGCACAGAGGUUGUUUACGUUAGCACAGAAUACUGAAUAAAGAUUUCAUUUCUUGUAAAGUACCAUAGACUGGAAAGAUGUCCCAGCUAUGCACGUAUGCCUUUCUCUAACGACAGCCCAAAUCAGUUUAAAGAUAAUAAUGUGCUUAUGAAUAAUGAUUAUCAUUCAUUGUGGAUGGAAGAUAGAAAGUAAAGAUACUAGAGGAGCAAGUCUGCUGACUAAUGCACAGGAAGUUUGCACAAAUAGCGAUGUGAUCACAUGCUAAGCUGUGUUCCUGAUGUGGGAUAUCUAUAAGUAGAGCUGGGAGAGUUAAAGCAAAUAACAUUCUGAUAGAAGUAGGGAGACAUCAUUUCUGUUAGUAAAAUAAUUAUUAAACACAGAGUAUAGACAAUACCAAAAGGUUUACGAGUUUUUUUUUUAAUUCUUAGCUAAAUUGUAGUCCAAAAAUCACUGUCAGAGAUGCAAGAAAAUCUUGAAAAUGAAACACAGCUUGAUGACCACCAAUUGCAAUGUAGAGUCUGUAUAAUAAUCUUAAUUCAUUGUAAAUAUUUGUACUAUUUACAAAAUAGUAUUUGUGUGUAAAAUUUGCAGUACAUUACAUUAAGUAUGUAAGGAAAAACGAUGUCCUGGUGACUUAAUGUACAUUGCAGUACAUUAAGUCAGCAGGACAUCAAUUUUCCUUGUAUAUGCUCUCUUUCCAGUCCAGGGGAGGAUGUGGUUUAAAUACAAGCUCCUUUGUCUGCAGUGGCCAUAAGGCCUUAAUAUGUGGACUUUUUCCCCAUACACAUUUUGUGACAAUCCCACAAAACUAUCAGCAUAUUCCUCUGCGCUUAAGCCUGAUUGUGAACAGCUCCUUGCCCCGAAGACCAGCAAAUAUCCAGCACACCAGUGGGUCUUUCACCCAGCCAAUUGUCUCCCAGCAGAAUUGGUAGCAUUAUCUCUCCGAGCUGGAUAUCCAACUCAAAAGGUUAUGUCAUCAAGGUAGACACAAAAUGUUGGAGUAACUCAGCAGGUCAGGCAGCAUCUCUGGAGAAAAUUUUUGGGUCGAGACCUUUCAGACAGUCAGGGGAGGGAAGCUAGAGGUAUGAAGACGUGCAAAGAACAAAGGUAUGCAAAAGAAAAAAUCAAAGCUAGCAAGGGAGAUUGCAACCUUCACGUGGUCUGCCCUGUUUCGACGAAUGCAAUCAACCUGCUGUGCGUAAUCAAAUAGAACAAGUUGUCCUCCAACUUUAGUCUGCACGCCAUAUGCAAGAAGAAGAAAGCCAGCAAGGAUGAUCAAGGAAAUGUGGAGCCUACAAUGUCACUCAGUUCUGCUGGCUGAACCCCCUCAAAAAGGCGCAUAAGUCUUAUCAGAGCUUGCAUUCUUCUGAAUAGCGUCGACACAUUCAUGAGAGGAAUAGAUUGGGUAGAUGCACAGUCUCUUGCACAGAGUAGGUGAAUCGAGGACCAGAGGGCAUAGGUUGAAGGUGAAGGGGACACGAUUUAAUAGGAAUCUGAGGGGUAACUGAUUGUGGAUGAUCACAUUGAAUGGCGGUGCUGGGUCGAGGGGCUACUCCUGCACCUAUUAGGUCUACUCUGCACAAAGGGUGGUGGGUGUAUGGAACGAGCUGCCGGAGGAGGUAGUUGAGGCUGGGACUAUCCCAACGUUUAAGAACAAGUCAAGUCAAGUCAAGUUUAUUUGUCACAUACACAUACGAGAUGUGCAGUGAAAUGAAAGUGGCAAUGCUCGCGGAACAACAAAACAACCAAACAAAUUAUAAACACAAUCAUAACACACAUAUCAUUUUACAUAAUAAAUAAUAGAAGGAAAAACGUUCUGUACAGUUAGUUUAUCCCUACAGUUAGGGAUAAACAUUUAAUUAGUCCCAGAAAGGCGUUUACAGUCCGACAUGUAUAAUAAUAAUAAUAAUAAUAUUUAUUUAUAUAGCACUUUUCAACAAAACCAGUAUUUGAACCAAAGUGCUUUACAGAGAUUGAUUAAAUUAAUUGAACAGAUCAAUGCAAUAAAUCCAUA